UAAUCACCCACUCACUCCACGCGAAUCACAUAGUAACAUUAUCAUGUUAUGUUGUGUCUCAGUCUGACGAGUUAACAGUGUUCAGACGAAAGUUUACGUUUGAAGACGUCGCGUUUUUUUCGCCGAUUGCAACAGUCCACGUAUUCGUUGUAUUUCGCGGGAACAUAUUUUAUAUUAUACAUAUAUAUAUAUAUAUAUAUAAUAUAUCUAAAUUUAUUAUUGUAUAAUUUUUUUAAUAUUAUUGUUUUAAUUCACUGCAUUUACUCAGAUGGUAUUACGUACAUGAAAUACUACUAAGAAGAACCCAAGUGAAUGUUUUCUAAUUCGUAAAUGUCUUUCCUAUUUAUCUCGGUGAUCUUCAGAAAAUUCCGUCCUAAUUAAUUCUACCGUGUAAAUAACGUAAAUAACACCGAAGCGACUAUUAACUGUCUACCAAUAUGAAAUUCAAUUCACGACAAGUGUCUCAGAGAUGGGUGAUGGCCGUGAUGGGGAUGACGGGAGUGACGAUGGCAUAUGUAAUGCGGGCCUGUUUGGGCAUAACGCUUACGCAAAUGGUCAGGCCUGUGAUAGUGGUCGAUAAUAGUGCAACAUCCAAUGUUCAUCACGACUACUGCCCAAUGCCAAAAUCAUCGUCGCAUAACCACUUAAAGUCCAAUAAGACAAACAUGGUCGAUUAUGAGUUCCAAGAUCGAUUCGAUUGGGACGAGAAGACGCAGGGUGAAGUCCUGUCAGCGUUCUAUUAUGGUUACAUAAUUACGCAUUUACCCGGCGGCAUCUUGUCUCAGAAGUUCGGUGGUAAACACACUAUGGGCUUAGGAAUACUUUCCACUGCAAUCUUUACGCUUCUGACACCGUACGUUGCAUACAUGGGUUCCAGACCACUGACCAUCCUACGGUUCGUCGAAGGACUCGGAGAAGGCACUACGUUUCCGGCUCUAUGCACACUCCUAGCACAGUGGGCCCCGCCUGAAGAAAAAGGAAAGCUUUCCACGCUGGUAUUUGCAGGUGUACAGAUUGGUAAUAUUUUCUCAAACUUUUUGAGUGGUUUUAUCAUACAAUACAUACCCGGUGGUUGGCCAAACGUAUUUUACUUCUUUGGCAUAACCUCGUUGAUUUGGUUUGUGCUCUGGUGCUUGUUCGUUUACAACGAUCCGAACUCCCACCCGUUCAUAUCGGAUAUGGAGCGUGACUACUUAAAACGGUCGAUUGGAAGUCUAGAAAGGAAAAAAGACUUGCCCCCCACACCAUGGAAGUCUAUAUUAACGUCGUGGCCAGUAUGGGCACUAAUCAUUGUUGAAGCAGGACAUGAUUGGGGUGGUUUUACAAUUAUCAGUGAUCUUCCUAAAUAUAUGAGUGACGUAUUACACUUUUCCAUUACUGAGAACGGUUUAUUGUCGUCCAUUCCAUACAUUGCUCAAUGGGUAACAUCGAUCUUAGCUAGCAUAUUAGCUGACCGGUUGAUUAGCAAACGAAUAAUGACUGUCACUGCAGUCAGAAAAAUUUACGCUAUAAUAGGAACUGUCGGGCCUGGUAUGGGUGUGAUGUGUGCUUCGUUUGUCGGAUGUGACAAAAUGAUCGCAACUUUGUGUUUUACUUUGGGUAUGGCACUAAUGGGAUUCUGUUAUCCUAGUAUUCGUAUCAAUUCACUUGAUUUGUCUCCCAAUUAUUCUCCUACUAUAAUGGCAUUGGUCAAUGGCAUUGGUUGUUUAUCAGGAAUGGCCACUCCAUACGUUGCUGGAAUUUUGACACCAAAUAGAACCGUUUUAGAGUGGCGUCUAGUAUUUUGGAUUAUGAUGAUAGUUAUGACAGCAUCAUCUGUAAUAUAUGGGUUCUUUGGAACCGGCGAAUUACAACCAUGGGAUGACUUUGAACAAUAUUAUCUAAAAGAAAAGGAAAAAGCAAAGAGAGGUUUACCUAUGGACGAAAGAUUAAGUAUAAUUUAUUCAAGAUCCAUAGAAGAUGGAAAAUCACCAAAUAAUUAGAACCUUGACUAAUUUGACAUACAAAAUUAUCCUACACUGUAAAUUAUAUAUUAUUAAAAUAAUAUGUUACCUAUUAAUUUAUAAUAAUUUAAUUAUG